GUGAUUCACCGACCUUUGUGCGAGACUGUGUGUAGGAAUGAGUCGUCAAACAGGAGGCAGUGUCCCUCAGACCAGCACUGAGGCUCCCCUCCCACCACCAGCUCACACAGAGGGGGAGUUUGCAGACCUACAGAACUUCCGCUACAGGACAUCGCCAAUCUUCUUGAAACUGCUUUCCCACCUUGUGCGUGAGCCGCUAAGGGGAGGUCUGAGCCCAUUCGGUAACAGUGCCACAGGAACAAGAGCAGGAGCGUCCACAGAAGGCCACUCAUUACAGCACAUGGCCACUAGAGUGCGCCUGGCGCCUCCACAGGCACAGAAGAAGCCCCCCCCAUAUCACAGCCGAAUGCGUCAAGCGGUCCGUGGGCAGCCAUAGGGGACACCUCGGCAGCGUGUUGACGGGGCCUUAAGCAACAGGAUCCGGUCUAACGAACCCAUCAUAGGCGCCUACAAAAAAAGGUUUCCAGUGAGAGCCAUGGGGUCCACACACCUUUCUGUGAUACUGUCUGUCACCAUAAUCCACCUAGUUUCAGGCAUGAGCUUUAUGAAUCCUGAGACUGACACAUCACCAACAUCGCCGCCUGACUCAUAUCCUCUCGGUGACCUGAUCCAUGCGGCCCUACAGAGUAAGGAAUACUUGGCUGAGGCUUCUACCACCGCGGCAGGCACUACCACCAAUCCGACACAGGCGGCGCCCGGAGUCAGGCGCAGCGAGUCGACCGCCACGGUCAUUUCGCCAGGACUGCUGACCACGGCGUUAGGAUCGUCCUCUACAGGAGGCCACAUUGGAUCGAGAAACCGCAUGUCCUUUGUGCCCAUAGAAGAGGAGACGACCACUACUCUAAUCACCACCACUACGAUAACCACAAUGCACAUGCCAGUUCAGUGCAAUGCAUCAUUGUCCGCAAUGGAGGAUGUUGUAGAGUCACCAGAUUCUGCAUCGUCAUCAUCUUCCCCUCCCCUUGAAUGCACUUACAGCAUCACAGUGUAUGCAGGCUAUGGUGUGGAGAUUCAGGUGAGGAAGGUGAACCUAUCCAAGGAUGAGUCGCUGACCAUCAUGGGGUACGGGGGUCCGACACCAGAGCUGUUGGCAAAUGAGACACUGAUUAGGGAGGGUCAAGUGAUUCGCAGUACGACCAAUCAGGUGCACAUCCAUUAUCGCAGUCGCCAGCAGAGCAACCAUGGAAAGUUUAUCCUCAACUAUCAAGCUUUUAUGCUGUCCUGUCCGUUCCCUCGUUCCCCGGAAAGCGGCGGCGUGACCGUGACCGACAUCCACCCAGGUGGUCAGGCACACUUCCACUGUGAUCCAGGUUUCCAAGUUCGAGGUCACGAGGUGGCGACAUGCGUCAACACCACACAACCACACUGGAGCACGCCCGAACCCCAAUGUGACGCAGUGUCUUGUGGAGGAUGGAUUCGUAAUGCAACAGUGGGCCGAAUACAGUCACCGCCCCCUCCGUCUGUCGCCAACCACAGCAAUGGCAACAACCUGAGCUGCCACUGGUUGUUGGAGGCCAAAGAAGGCCACAAACUCCACCUGCACUUUGAGAGGAUCGCGCUGGAUGAAGAUGACGACAAGUUAAUUGUGCGCAAUGGAAACAGUUCGCUGUCAUCACCGCUCUUCGACUCAGAUUUGGAUGACGUCCCGGAGCACGGACUCCUGAGCGAGAGCACCUCACUGUACUUAGAGCUCACUGCUGAUUCAUCCUCCAUCCCUCUUCUUCUGGCGCUGCGGUAUGAGGCUUUCGAUGAUGAGCACUGCUGGGAGCCCUACAUGCCUCAUGGCAACUUCAGCAGCAGCGACAUCACCUACCAGCUGGGCACCACUGUUACCUUCAGCUGCUCUCCAGGCUAUGUCAUGGAACAGGGCUCAGCCACUAUUGAGUGUGUGGACGCCAGCAAUCCCCACUGGAAUGAUAGUGAACCUGUGUGCAAAGCUCUGUGUGGAGGGGAGCUGACCGAACCCUCUGGCACCAUCCUGUCUCCUGAUUGGCCCCAGAGCUACUCCAAGGGUCUGGAUUGCUUAUGGCAGAUCCACGGCAACGAGGAGAAGCGCAUUGAACUGGACAUCCAUAUUUUAAAUAUUCGCCACACUGACGUGCUGACCAUUUUUGACGGCCGCGAUCUCAUGUCCCACGCCAUCGGCCAGUACCUGGGAUCCAAAGAACGAUUCAAAGUCGUGUCAGGGGGGUCAGAGGUCACCAUUCAAUUCCAGAGUGAUCCGGAGGAUGCCAGCUUCAUCCUAAGUCAGGGAUUCCUCAUUCAUUAUCGUGAGGUGGAGCCAAAUGACACCUGCCCCACUCUUCCUCAAAUCGAGUUUGGAUGGAUCAGCUCGUCCCACUCUGCCCCCGUGAGAGGAAGUGUACUGACCUAUCAGUGCCAACCAGGAUAUGACAUCAAUGGUUCGGACAUCAUCACCUGUCAGUGGGACCUCUCCUGGAGUAGCAGCCCACCUACCUGUGUCAAAGUCCAGCAGUGUCCUGACCCGGGCGAGGUUGUCAACGGAGCGCGCUCAGUGCGCCCCGAAGCCGGCUUUGCAGUCGGAACCGUCGUCCGUUUCUCGUGUAACCAAGGUUACCAACUCGAGGGUCCCAGCCAAAUCUCCUGCCACGGACGAGACACCGGUACACCCAAAUGGAGCGACCACAGCCCGAAGUGUGUCUUAAAAUACGACCCAUGCCCGAACCCUGGCGUCCCGGACAAUGGCUACCAAACGUUGUACAAGCACAGCUACCAGGCAGGAGAAAAUCUGCGCUUCUUCUGCUAUGAGGGCUACGAGCUCAUCGGUGAGGUGAUUAUUUCCUGUGUUCCCGGACAUCCGUCUCAGUGGAACAGCCCACCACCCUUUUGCAAAGUGGCCUAUGAGGAGCUUCUGGAUGAUCACAAAUUAGAAGCGUCCCAAACGUUUGAGCCCUCCCACCAGAUCCUAAGUGAGAACAUUGCUUUGGCAAUAAUUCUGCCCAUCAUCCUGGUCAUCCUCCUGAUUGGCGGCAUUUACAUGUACUAUACAAACAUCUGCAGACUAGAAUGGAAGCCACUCUUCUGGAAGUCUCUUUCUCACACACACUCCUACAGUCCCAUCACAGUCGAGUCCGAUUUCAACAACCCGCUGUAUGAGGCAGGGGAUACACGGGAGUAUGAAGUGUCCAUUUAAGUUUGGUAAGACUGAACCAUGAUAAUAUGAAUUUCUUUAAUAGGGCAAAAUGUUUUUAUUACUAAAAGACCAUCAAAUCUGCCUUUCACUUUUUUAAUCAUCUGCUUAGUUGAAUUGUGUGAAUGCUGAAAAGUAUUUCUUUCUGUUCCGCACUUUUUUGUGCACCGUCUUUUCCCACAGUUUGAAGUUCAAGUCUCAAAACGUUCGGCUCAGGCAGGACCCGUUAGCUACCUUUUUUUUUUUUUUUAACUUUCCACGUUUUCCGGGACAUUUUUCCCAUUGAAAACAGUCAAACCAACAAUUUGUCCAGUUCCACUAAAUUCCCGGUUUUCCCACAAUUCCCUUUUUUCAAUUACAGAAUGUCCACUUUUUUUUUUUUUUCGACUCCUUCCCCGAAAUUUUUCAACCGAUGUCAGCUGUUCCACCAUCAAAACAUUCCUCUUAGUCAGCCCAAUUGCGCUAUCUAAAUUUUUUUUUUUUAAGAAAAAUUCCCCGUUUUUCAAUAGGCUAUUCCUGCUUUUCCGUAACUGUUUAAAAUUGUUACCACUUCCACAUUUCUCAACGGAUUCAAGCGGUGCCAACACAAACCUAUUCAGCGCCUUCACGGAAAUUGUGCUAUUUUCCACAUUCCCGAAUUUCCUGCUUAUAACACUUAUUCUUUAUUAAAAACUGUUACUACUUUCACAUUUCCCAACCAAUUUCCCACCAUUCCAAAGUCAAAAUGCUCUUUUGUAACUAGCAUGCUAACUUAUUUGUAGUUAUUUUUACAGACUUAACACAUGCUAACUGUUAACAUGCUAACGUCAGCAUGCUAACUGGUUUAGCAAAUUUGACACAUUUUUAGCUUAUUUUGCAGGCAUACACCUCAGAGUCAUAUAACUUAGUAUUUGACACAUGCUAAUUGGGUGCAUAAAUGCUAACUUUAGCAUGCUAACGUUAGCUUUUCCACGCGGGUUGUGCAUUUCAGCAUUCACACGCUUUUUUUUGUGCACCGUUUUUUCCCACAGUUUAAAGUUAAAGUAUCAAAACGUUAGGCUCAGUCAGGACACGUUAGCGACCUUUUUUUUUUUUUUUGUUUUUUACUUUCCAAGUUUUCCGGGACAUGUUUCCCAUUGACAACAGUCAAACCAACAAUUUUUCCAGUUCCACACAAUUCCCGGUUUUCUCGAAAUUCCCUUUUUUCAAUUACAGAAUGUCCACCUUUUUUAUUUUGACUACUUCUCCCAAGUUUUUCAACCGAUGUAAUGUUAGUUAUGUAACUAGCAUGCUAACAUUUUUAUAGUUAUUUUUACAGUCAUAUUGGUACUUGACACAUGCUAACUGUUAACAUGCUAACUGGUUUAGCUAAUUCUUCACAUGUUUAGCUUAUUUUGCAGGCAUACACCUUCAGAGUCAUAUAACUUAGUACUUGGCACAUGCUAAUUGUGUGUGUAUAAAUGCUAACUGUUAGCAUGCUAACGUUAGCUUUUCAACUCGGGUUGUGCAUUUCAGCAUUCACACGCUUUUUUUUGUGCACCGUCUUUUCCCACAGUUUCAAGUUCAAGUAUCAAAACGUUCGGCUCAGUCAGGACACGUUAGCGGCCUUCUUUUUUUUUUUUUUUUAAUUUUCCACGUUUUCCGGGACAUUUUUCCCAUUGAAAACAGUCAAACCAACAAUUUUUCCUGUUCCACAAAAUUCCCGGUUUUCCCGGAGUUCCCUUUUUUCAAUUACAGAAUGUCCACCUUUAUUUAUUUUGACUACUUCUCCCAAGUUUUUCAACCGAUGUGAUGUUAGUUAUGUAACUAGCAUGCUAACAUAUUUUUUGUUAUUUUUACAGUCAUAUUGGUACUUGACACAUGCUAACUGUUAACAUGCUAACUGGUUUAGCUAAUUCUUCACAUGUUUAGCUUAUUUUGCAGGCAUACACCUUUAGAGUCGUACUUGACAUGCUAAUUGUGUGUAUACAUGCUAACUGUUAGCAUGCUAACGUUAGCUUUUCAACUCGGCUUGUGCAUUUCAGCAUUCACACGCAAUAUUUCCCCGAAAUAGCAUAUUCUAGUGAUGGAAGCGCUAUUUUGAUUUGGUGGAUUCGACAUCUCAGUCCGAUUCUCUGCUACAUUGGGAACGGUGCCUUACGAGGGGUAACAAAUUGGACUUUUAGGAAAUAAUAGAAGAAUUGUUCUUCUUUUUUUAGUUAUUUUUGAGGCCAAAACAUUGAAGGAAGAAUUGCUUUUCUUUUUUUUAGUUAAGUUACAUCAAGGCCAAAACAUUGAAGGAAUUAGCAAUAGCAACAACAAGCUAAUUUUACACACGACCUAACAAAAUGCACUUGAAUGUUUAUUUUUAUGUGAAAUGUUUGUAACUCACCAUUUUCCCCCCACUUUGUCUUUUUUUUUGUGUAAAGUCCACACAAACACAUUGAAUGUAAAUAUGUGACUUGAUAUUGACUGAGGUUGGUAUAUAUAUAUAUACAGUACUUGAUUAAAUAUAUAUAUAUAAAUAUAUAUAUAUAUAAACCUCAUAUUUACACUUGGUCAGGGGAGGUUGUAUAUUUUCAUUAAACAGAUAAUGAAAUUUCAGUGCCAAAAUAUGAGAAGAUAAAUCAACGUCCUCAAGUGUUUCAUCUGUUGUUGCGUAGUGUUUACAGACAGUGUUUAUUUAUUUAUUUGUUUUCUACAAAAGCAUUAUCACCUAGUGUCUCAUGACAUGUAGUUCAAGAAAAAGCGAGGACAUGAAUGUCAUUAUGCUUAUAGCAUGCACUGAUUGUAAAUUAUAUUGCUUCUGCUCAAUCUUGCCAUGAUCAUCAUAGUUAUUGACAUAUCAGAUUUGAUGUUGUAUGCACUAUGUUGAUGAAAAAUUAUGACCCUGGCUGUUCGCUGUAAUGCAUUAUGUAUUUAUUUGAAAGGGAUUAUACGCGCGGCCAGUAUUUGUCUCAUUCGCCGCGCCGAAUGCAAGGUCUCGGAGACUGUUGCUUAGUAGACUGAAGUAUUUUCAUCAGUAGCAUUCCUUUGCUUCAUAUAUGAGUACUUUCUUUUGAAGACAGUUAUUUAUUUGCUCAACUUGAAAUAAAGUCUUUGUUGAAUGGUGUCAAA